CGACUGCCAUCGCUAGUUUGGGCUCCCACAAAAUUGCUUUUCGCACGAAAACCGCCCGAAAUAGUGUCAAAUUUUCAGAUUUCAGGCUUGACUACCCCAGUUCCUUUCGAGAAAUAGCCAUGUUGAGACCCCAGCCAUCGAUGCCGUUGCCACAGCCGCCGGGAAAACGAAAGAAGCCCGCGGAAUUGGAAUUAACCUGCGGAUGGCGCGGUUGCCAGGAGAUUUGCACGGGUGAAUGGAACCUGAACAGCCACAUAGCCGAACACCUGGAGCAGUACGCCCGGGAUCAGGACACUGGCAAGGAGACCGACCACAAGGAGCAUCAGUGCACGUGGAACUCCUGCGAUUUCAGCACCUCCAACCUCGUCGAAUUCGAACGACAUUCGUAUUACCACGGCUACUACCUGCACCUCCUGCUGCAGGGAAAGCUGGAGUGCGAUCUGCACCCGGAAAUCCCCGCCUGCACUGCUCCCGCUCGCCAGAUGGACAAGCUGCCGAUCCUGGGCCAGAACUUCCGCUGCGGAUGGACCGACUGCGAGCGGGAGUUCGUGUCGGUUGUCGAGUUCCAGGAUCACAUUGUCAAGCAUGCCCUGUUCGAGUACGACAUCCAGAAGACGCCGGAGGACGAGCGGCCCAAGACCAUGUGCAACUGGACGAUGUGCCACAAGCACAUGGGCAACAAGUACCGCCUCAUCGAGCACAUCAGCACCCACUCGAACAAGAAGCAGGUGGCCUGCUUCCACUGCGGCGAGCUCUUCCGCACCAAGACCACGCUCUUCGAUCACCUGAGACGCCAGCCGGAGAAUAACACGAACAGCUUCCAGUGCGCGCAGUGCUUCAAGUUCUUCGCCACCAAGAAGCUGCUGAAGAGUCAUGUGGUGCGCCACGUGAACUGCUACAAGUGCACCAUGUGCGACAUGACCUGCAGCUCGGCCAGCUCGCUGACCACCCACAUCCGGUACCGCCACCUCAAGGACAAGCCGCUCAAGUGCAGCGAGUGCGAUACGCGCUGCGUCCGGGAAUCGGAUCUGGCCAAGCACGUUCAGAUUGUCCACUCCAAGACGGUGCACCAAUGCGAGCAUCCCGAUUGCCACUACUCCGUGAGAACUUACACGCAGAUGCGAAGGCACUUCUUGGAGGUGCAUGGCAACAAUCCCAUCCUGUAUGCCUGCCAUUGCUGCGAGCGCUUCUUCAAGAGCGGCAAAUCCCUGUCCGCUCACCUGAUCAAGAAGCACGGCUUCCGGCUGCCCUCGGGUCACAAGAGAUUCACCUACCGGGUGGACGAGAACGGAUUCUAUCGCCUGGAGACCACGCGCAUCGAGAGCUUGGAGGUCACGCAGCAGAUACUCUCGCCACAGGUGAAUGUCUCGAUGGAAAUCGAUCUGAAGCCGGGCACUGGCACCUGUUACGAGAUCGUGGACCCCACGAACACCGAGUUCGAGCGCAUCAUCGUCUCGAAUGAUCCGCACGAGGCACAGCUGAUGGGCGAGGUGGUCAUCUCACUGCCCAGUUUAACGGAGGAGCUGUGAGGAAUGGAGAUGGACGGAACCAACGGCAGCUAGCCAACACUUCUGAUCUCGUGUGCCCUUUAUAUCUAAGCUUUAGCUCUAGACAUAUGUCCAAAUUAGGAAAACUCCCGGGCACAAAAUGCCCACGACAAGAUUAAUCAUAGAGUAAGGAAAAGCAAGGGUAACGCCACUAUACAAAAUAAGUAAUAUCAACUGCCUUGGGGUCUAAAUGUAGGAAAAAGGAUUAUUAUUGGGUUUAGAUAAUUAAUAAUUGUUUGUAUUCUCAUCCCGACUGAUUUCGUUAGAAAAUAUCCAACCAUUUUUCCCAUGUUUUGUUUUUGAUCUUUUAGUGAACUUUUAAAACACAUUAACCAUAUCUGUAUUAUGUUUUCCUGACUAAUCAAUGGGACGGACAUAGGUUCUGAAAUUAAUUCUAAAUCUCAAUUAUCACAAAUUAUAUCAAAAAUGGGCGCUAUGUUGCCACCGAAAAAAUUAAUUAAUUCUGUACAAUCAUAUCUCUCAAACAUUAUUCUAAGUUGUACGUGCCUGACCCUUUGUGCACGAAAAUGCAUCAGCACUCUCGGUAUUAUCCAUCCCGGAUCGGGAUAUAUUUGUCAUAUAGUCCUUAGAGAUUUGACAGUUUCCAGUAGCAACUUUACUGUUUAAGGUAUAUAGCAUUUAAAUAAACCAAGCCCAAAAGAAAA